GGAUAUCCUAUCCGCCACUAUAAAGCAAGAAGUCCCAUUUCGCAGAGCUUCAUUAUCGAUCUCUGAAGCUCUGAAGCUCUGAAGCUCAUCCAUGGCGAUGAUGACGAUGAUUCGAUGUAAACCGAUCCUCCAUCUUGGUCAUCGCGAGAACUCCAUGUUUCCACACCUGGAGAUAAGGAGAUUGAAGUGUUCUACUCCGAUCCGCAGCCUGAUUCCCGCCGCCGCCGCCGCGAUUUUCUCCAAUCCUAUCAGGUUUGGUACCUCCCCUAAUCGAUCUAGGUUUUUUCCGGUCGUUCGUGAUGGAUUGGCGGAAGCUCCUUCCGUUGCUGAACCUGAGGUUGUCUUCUCUGAGAUUUUCCCGCUGAUCCGGACGAAAAUGGUGGAAGGGAAGGUGACUGUAAGAUUGGAUCCUGUGGAGGGGGAGGGAUUGGGGGGGAGGUUGGUUGUGGGUUGUGAUCUUGAAGGGAGGUGGAUCUUGCACUGGGGUGUCACCUACUGUGACGAACUCGGCGGUGAAUGGGAUCAACCACCUCUUGAAAUGAGACCUCCGGGCUCUGUCGCUAUUAAGGACUACGCGAUAGAGACACCCAUGAAGAAAUCUUCUUCCUCUGGGGAAGGACGUUUUUUAAAUGAACUUCAAAUCAACAUUAGUAACUCUACUUCCAUUUCGGCAAUUCAUUUUGUGCUCAAGGAAGAAGAAUCAGGAGCUUGGUUUCAGCUCAAGGGAAGGGAUUUUAGAGUUCCUCUGAUGGGUUAUGUUAACGGAGAUGAAAAGGCAGCUUAUCUCAAUGGGGAUCAAAACCAGGAUGAAGACAAGCAAAGCUUCAGCAUUUGGCCAGGAGCUUUUGACCAAAUCUCUAGCUUACUGUUGAAUGCUGAAGGUCCUCAAUCAAAAGAAAAGGAUGCUGUUUUCAAAGCAAAACCUAGUAUGAAGCAGAGUAGGCACAGUGGAUUUUAUGAGGAAUAUGCUAUAUCAAAAGAGGAGAAAGUUAAAAAUACGGUGACAGUUACAGUGAUGAAAAGCAAUGAGACAGAUAAAAAUCUCGUAUACUUUGAGACUGAUCUACCGGGAGAUGUCACUAUCCAUUGGGGUGUCUGCAGGGAUAACAGUAAGAAAUGGGAGAUCCCUCCCACUCCACAUCCUCCAGCAACAAAAAUUUUUAGACGUAAUGCCCUACAGACUUCAUUACAGCAUAAAAAGGAUGGCCUUGGUUGUUGGGCGUCAUUUCUGUUGGACAAUGAUAUUGCAGGUCUGCUUUUUGUGCUCAAGCUUAAGGAAUAUGUAUGGUUGAAUAAUAUGGGAACUGAUUUCUAUAUUCCUCUCAUAAGCAUGAGUAGUUUGCCCUCUCAAACCAGCAGGGAUAUUGAAUGGACCAAGCCUUAUAACCUGGAAAAAAGUGAUGCACAAGUAGGUGUGCAUCCAUUUGAAAGCAAGUCUCUGGAGCUUAGUACUCCUCAAAUUGAAGGUGCUGAAUCUAAUUUACCUGGAGACUUUGGGAAAACAAAGGAGGAAUCAUUAGGAGUUGAUCAUGCUACCUAUACUGCUGAAAUCAUCAAUGAAAUACGUAAUUUAGUGACGGAUAUUUCCUCUGAAAAACGCAAAUCAACAAAGACUAAAGAAGCACAAGAAAGUAUCCUGCAAGAAAUUGAAAAAUUGGCUGCAGAAGCUUACAGCAUCUUCAGAAGCUCAAUACCAACAUUUGAGGAAUCUGUUCUUGAUGUUGCUGAGACUUUGGAACCUAGUAAAAAAGUGUGUUCUGGUACAGGCUCAGGAUAUGAAAUACUUUGUCAAGGAUUUAACUGGGAAUCUAAUAAAUCUGGAAGAUGGUAUUCUGAGCUCAGUGCAAAGGCCAGUGAACUGUCUUCUCUGGGUUUUACGGUAAUAUGGUUGCCACCUCCUACUGAAUCUGUAUCACCUGAAGGUUACAUGCCAAAGGACUUAUAUAAUUUGAACUCCAGGUAUGGAAGCAUGGAAGAGUUAAAGGAUCUUGUGGGAAGGUUCCAUGAUGUAGGAAUCUCGGUUUUAGGUGAUGUUGUCUUAAAUCAUCGUUGUGCACAUUAUAAAAAUGGGAAUGGUAUAUGGAAUAUCUUUGGUGGUCGCCUAAAUUGGGAUGACCGGGCUGUUGUUGCUGAUGAUCCACAUUUCCAGGGAAGAGGCAACAAAAGUAGUGGGGAUAAUUUCCAUGCUGCUCCAAACAUUGAUCACUCUCAGGAUUUUGUAAGGAAGGAUCUAAAGGAAUGGCUUUGUUGGUUGAGAAAAGAAGUUGGCUAUGAUGGAUGGAGAUUAGACUUUGUCAGGGGAUUCUGGGGUGGUUAUGUCAAAGACUACUUGGAAGCAAGUGAACCAUACUUUGCUGUCGGUGAAUACUGGGAUUCUCUUAGUUAUACAUAUGGUGAGAUGGACCAUAAUCAAGAUGCACACAGGCAGAGAAUCGUUGACUGGAUAAACGCAACAAAUGGAACUGCCGGUGCCUUUGAUGUCACUACGAAAGGGAUUCUUCAUGCGGCUCUGGAGAGAUGCGAGUAUUGGCGGCUAUCUGAUUCCAAAGGAAAACCUCCUGGAGUUGUUGGCUGGUGGCCAUCACGUGCUGUUACCUUCAUAGAGAAUCAUGAUACUGGUUCUACUCAGGGCCAUUGGAGAUUCCCGGCUGGUAAAGAGAUGCAGGGAUACGCAUACAUCUUGACACAUCCAGGCACACCUGCGGUUUUCUAUGACCACAUUUUCUCUCAUCAUCAACAAGAGAUUUCCAGAAUAAUUUCACUCAGAAAUCGCAACAAAAUACAUUGCAGGAGUGAGGUAAAAAUAACCAAGGCAGAGAGGGAUGUGUAUGCAGCUGAGAUGGAUGAAAAAGUAGUUGUCAAAAUUGGGCCGGGAUAUUAUGAACCAGCAAAUGGUCCUAAACAAUGGGUUGUUGCGGCCGAGGGAAGAGAUUACAAGAUCUGGGAAGCAUUAUAAACCUCCAUAUUAGCAUCUCAUUUUUAUCAAUUGAUGGUACACCAAAAUUAUUAAAAA